UGUAAAUAUAAUGACAAUCCGGUCCAUAUGUUUUCGGAUCCAUGAGUGGCAACAACGGUGUUCAACACACGUUUGUUAUAUUUUUGUUCGGAACGAGAGAAGAAGUGGCUGAGUUAAUGAGAAAUGGCAUCUCUAGGUCAUUGUUCAUCAGUCAUUCGUAACAUUAAUGCUGUACAAAGACAUCCUUGCAAGAAGUCCCUGCCAAUUUUAUCUGCAUUUAACAAUGCAGCAAACUUUUCACAACACAAAAGGUGUCAGUUUUCCGGGCAGCUCCGUCAUAUAUACACAUCAGACUCUCAGAAAUCAGCAGUUGCCUUUCGUUCCGAUUUGAAAAAUUGCAAGCGUGUGGUAGUAAAGCUCGGCAGUGCUGUUAUCACUCGUGAUGAUGAAUGUGGUGUUGCCCUCGGCAGAUUAGCUUCCAUUGUAGAACAGGUAUCUAAUUUACAAUUAGCUGGUCGACAGAUGUUGCUCGUAACCAGUGGUGCUGUAGCUUUUGGUAAGCAGCGCCUACGACAUGAAGUGAGAAUGUCCCAGAGUAUGAGAGAAACAUUGACACCUAUCCAAGGCCAAUUUCAGUUGGAAUCAAGAGCUUGUGCAGCAGCAGGUCAAAGUGGUCUGAUGUCACUGUAUGAAGCCAUGUUCUCACAGUAUGGACUUACCACUGCACAGGUACUGGUUACCAAGCCCGAUUUUUAUCACGACUAUUCACGUAGCAAUCUCAGGUCUACUAUCAAUGAGCUUCUGCGUAUGAAUAUUGUACCAAUUUUGAAUGCAAAUGAUGUCGUUUCUCCACCCCCAGAACCUGAUAAGGACCUUCAUGGACAGGUAAUAAGCAUAAAGGACAAUGAUAGCUUGGCAGCACGUCUGGCAGUUGAAAUGAAUGCUGACCUUUUGCUUUUGCUCUCAGAUGUCAAUGGAAUCUUCAGUGCUCCUCCAGGCCAUGAGGGGUCACGUCUCUUAGACACUGUCUAUCCAGGCGACACUGCUGGGGUAGUGUUUGGGAGUAAAUCUCGUGUUGGGCUUGGUGGCAUGGAAUCUAAGGUCAAGGCAGCCAACUGGGCCCUAGAUCGUGGUGUUGGUGUGGUCAUUGCUAAUGGAGUGUCACAGCAGCCUGUCAUUACAGACGUUGUAAAGGGCAAGAAAGUAGGCACAUUUUUCAGUGAGACAAAACCAGCUGGUCUGUCAUCAGAUCAACAAGCUCUCCGGGCUAGAGAAGGAGGCCGUAAGCUACAAUCAUUAUCUGCAGACCAGCGAGCUGAGAUGAUCAACAAAUUAGCAAAUCUUCUUCUUGAGAGACAGGAAUCAAUUUUAGCAGCAAACAAGAUGGAUCUGGACUCGGCAAGGAUCUCGGGUAACCUGUCUAAUGCCAUGAUUUCCCGUCUAUCACUCGACCGAAGCAAAUUGCAGAAUUUAGCAAAUGGCUUGAAACAGAUAGCUGCAACUUCCCAUGAGAACAUUGGACGCGUCUUGAAGCGAACCAAGGUAGCAGAAGGUUUGAAUCUGCAGCAGGUUACAGUCCCUAUUGGAGUUCUUAUGGUCAUUUUUGAGUCCCGUCCAGAUUGCCUUCCACAGGUUGCAGCCCUGGCUCUUAGCAGUGGCAAUGGUCUGUUAUUGAAGGGUGGCAAAGAAGCAAUUCAGACAAACAAGUACCUUCAGAGCCUAGUGACAGAAGCUCUCAACUUGCAUGACUGUGCCGAUGCUAUUGCUCUGGUCAGCACAAGGGAGGAUGUCAGUGACCUUCUGAAGCUGAAUGACCUCAUUGACCUUGUUAUUCCAAGGGGCUCUAAGGAAAUGAUCCAGAAAAUACAAGAACAGAGUCAAGGUAUUCCAGUACUUGGACAUAGUGAGGGAAUUUGCCAUGUCUACCUGGAUAUAGAUGCAGAUCCAGAAAUGGCACUUGAAAUUGUGCGAGAUUCCAAAUGUGAUUACCCAGCAGCCUGCAAUGCAAUGGAAACCCUACUCAUCCACAAAGGGCUGCAAAGGACCCAGUUGUUUGAGAAUGUGCUAGAAAUGCUUGGCUUAGAACAGGUUAAAAUUCAUCCUGGACAAAGGCUUUCUCGCUCACUCAAGUUUGGUCCAGCAGAGGCUCAGUCUAUGAGCAUUGAAUAUGGAGGUCUAGAGUGCGGGGUGGAGAUAGUAGAUGAUAUCAAGGGUGCCGUCAAUCACAUUAACAAGUACGGAAGCUCACACACAGAUGUCAUUGUUACUAAAAAUGAGGAGGUUGCGGAUUAUUUUCUGAAGGCAGUAGAUAGUGCAAGUGUUUUCCAUAAUUGCAGUACAAGAUUUGCUGAUGGUUAUCGCUUUGGACUUGGUGCUGAGGUUGGCAUUAGUACCACACGCAUACAUUCACGUGGUCCUGUUGGCGUUGAAGGCCUUCUUACUACUAAAUGGAUAUUGCAAGGAUCUGGAGACUGUGUACAGCAAUAUGCAGAGGGUGGUACUAAGCACUAUGUACAUCAAAGAUUAGCAAUCACAGACGACACAACAAGCAGUAGUGAUGAUGAAAUCACAUCAGAACAGUCAUAAUGAUAGCUAAAAUUGUUAGCUAAAGGCCAAUAAGUCAUGGAUUGGAUUUGUAUGUAAUCACCAAUAUGAAGAUCUAAUACAAAGUUUAUUUUGAAAAAAAAAAAUUAUCUGAUUUUCAUAUAUCUCUACUUUGUUCAUGCUGGUACAGCUGUUAUCAUAUUAUAAGGUAUGUUUGUGAAUGAUAUUGCCAUGUACUGCCCUCUAUGUUUUAUGGCACUGCAUGUGUCCUAAUUUGCCUUACUGUUGACAUUUAAAUUCCAAACCACUACCUGUGUGAUUGUAAAUGUGAAAUAAUUUGCUCAUAUUUUAUUGUCAAUUAAGUUGUAUUUUUACAACCUGCUAUGUUCUUUUUAAAUUUUAUUGCAAGCUGUUAACCUUUUGUAUUACGUGAACUUAUCAUUAGAAAAUGGAGUCUGUCACAAUGCCCAUUUGAAAACAAUCCUGCGCUUGCUGUAACGUCUUGAUAAAAUUUCUACUUCUUUGGAGUCAGAAUGUCUGAUCACUGUUAUUAAUGACAUUGUAUCUAAUGGAUAGAUGUAUCUCUCUAUGUGCUGCCUACACAUGUGUAAUAUUUCUAAUAAAUUAUUUGUUUGACCA